AUGCGUAUUAUUCCAAUAUUAGCAUGUUUAUUUCUAGCACAUGGCGAACAAAAUGGAACGACAUUAUCUAUCGUAAAAAUAUAUUCAAAUUUUGCUGAAAUUAUUCGUCAAGUCAGUGACGAUCAAUUACCAAUUGAAUUUUCUUCUGGAGAAUGGAGUGAUAUUCGCUCAGAUACCAUUACAUUAUUUGGUAACAAUAUCGUUGUUACAUCUCAAACAAUAACCGAAAAGAAAGGUUCUUUAAAUGGUGAAAGAAUUUAUAUACGUCAAUCAACAACAGAUCAAUCAAUAACAACAGUGCCAGCAAUUAUGAUUGAUGAAAAAAGAAAUCUUGUUCAAGAUUUAACACUUAAUUCAAGAUAUUACACGGUAACCAAUGAUCGAAUUGAAUACGGCAAGAUGCCACCAACGGAUAAAUAUAUCGUCUCAUUUACGUAUGUUUCAUUGAAUAAUACUGAUGGUCAAUUUUAUAUCAGUUAUUUGCGUUCUAAUUUAAACUGGAAAACACGAUAUAAUUUGAUGUUGUACAAUGAUGGUGAAAAACAACAAAAAACAGUACUGAUUGGUUAUGCUGAUAUCAGAAAUAAUGGUGUCGACUCUGUGGUUAUCGAAUCAGCUGAGCUGUUUGGUGGUGAUGUUAAUAUACGACUAAAUUCACCACAACAACAAUACUCCACUGAGUAUAAUCGUAAUCCCGCAGCAUCAUUGACUGUUAAUUUAGCGGCGGCGAGUACUUUCGCACCCUCUAUUUCAUCAGCAGAAGAAUUAGCUGGUGUUUAUGUAUUCAAUAUUGAUAAACCAUUUACUAUUGAAUCAAAGACAAAUUAUGUACUACCGAUGUUACAACCAAUUGUUCAGGUUGAACGUUAUGCAUCAAUAUCGAAAGCAUUCGACAAAUUUAAUACACGUACACGUGGCAAAGCACAACGAAGCUAUCGUUUACGUAGUAAUCAAUUUUUAGCAAAAGGUAGCGUAAUUCUUCGAGAAUCUGAUCGUCUUGUCGGUGAGUCAACAUGGCCAGACAUCGCAGCCAAUGAUAGCUAUGAAUUUUCAAUUGGAACAGAUCCGGAUAUUGUCUAUAAAGAAAAUGUUACAUUACUCUCAACGGAUAAGGCAAUGGAACAACGUUAUUAUAGCAACCGGUCUUCAUAUGAAAUUAAUUUAAAACUAAAAAAUUUUAAAAAACGUCCGAUUAAAGUUGAAUAUACACAAAAAUUUUAUUCAUUACAAUUUACACUAGAAGAUAAAACUUCAAAGUUUAUACGAGAUGGAUCGGACGUUAAUGCCAAAUUCAGUUUACAAUCGGAUGAAGAAAAAGAUUACCAAUACAGGAUUGAAAUCAUUGAAUGA